AUGCUGUCAGCCUCGUCAGUUGCUUCAAGUGCUGGUACCGUCAUGGCCGAGGCUUCUAGGCUCAGCAAGGAGGGUCAGAAGGCUAGCAAAGGGAAGCUGAAGAAGCCACCACCGUUCCCAAGAAAGAAUUCCGAUAUGAAUGUCUCCACCAAGUCUGCCGUAUCAUCCGGCUCUUCCUCACCCAUCCUUCCCGAAAUGGACGAUGAUACUAUGGCAGCCUUUCCGAGUGGUGAACCAAGAAAAGAGAAAAUAGAUCUGGUAAUUUGCAAGCACUGCAAGCGGAACGUCAUGAGGCUUCAUGCCAAAGAACACAUAUCUGGUUGUUUGAAGUCGAAGCAAGAGAAAGCCCGCAGGAAAAAAGAGGCGAGGGAUGCGGCAGCCCGGGCGAAGGAGAAGGCGGAGAAAGGAGGUGACGACAAAGACGACGAUGUUUCCGAUAGCGAGAUCAAGGUUGACAGCAAGUCCGGCGCUUCGGGAGCACGGAAAUCUACUACCAAAACCUCGAAUGGGAACAACGACGAGUCGACAAAGAAGAGCAAGAAGCGCAAGGCAGACGGGGAGGAGGACAAAUCCGAGCCCAAGAAAAAAAAGAAUAAGAAGGAUGAGCCGAAGCCAAAGGCUGCUCCCAAACCUAAAGGGCCUGUUGACGUGGAGAAACAGUGUGGCGUGGUACUUCCCAAUGGCGCUCAAUGUGCCAGGAGCUUGACAUGCAAAAGCCACAGUAUGGGGGCCAAACGUGCGGUACCAGGACGAAGUCUGCCAUAUGAUAUGCUACUGCAAGCCUACCAGAAGAAAAACCAAGCGCGACAACAAAAAGCCGCUAUCUCCGCCAACGCCCCUGCCCUCUACGACUCCGACCCGGAUGACCCUUCCAACAUCAACGGCGCCCCUAUCGACUCGGACUCAGAACGCGACGCCGUCAUGACAUCCCUCGCCCGCAACUUCAACCCCGCAUAUCUCCACUCCGCACCCGUCUACAGCCCUACGAACCCGGUCCGAGGUCCCCAACCACUCGCAACCCACACCAUCUUCCCAACACGACGGAAAUACCAAUUGGUGCGCAUGAAGGAGAUGCUGUCGAAUGCUCUGAGCGGGAACAGAGGCGGUGGCCUAUUUGCGGUGCAGGAUCCGAAUCACGGAGUGCAACAGCAAAGUGCCAGACAGACAUUCUUUCCGGGUUCAGCAGGGGGUACUGGCGGCGGCGACGGGGGCGGGAGUGGCGGUGGCGGGAUAAUAGGAAGUGACGGCUUCGCCAUCCCGAGCGCCAUCAGUGUUCCCUCGACGGCGAAUUCCACUGCUGGAGAUCCAAUGGCAGAGGCGCAGAGGAGAGCCAUGGCAGCUACGGGCACAGGAGGCACGGCGACCGGCACUGGCAUCGGUAUGGGCAUUGGCCAGAAGAAUCCGUCAAGGAGACCGACCGUCGCUGUCGCCGCUGGCGCUGACUAA